GGAAGUCGCUGUGAAUCGUGAAGUUCUGAGGGAAGCUGCUUGGUGAACUCUUAUUCAAAACUUUGGCCAGACUUAAUUAACUGCUGUUUUUACAAGCUGAAUCUGUAGUCUCCUGACGAAUCCUGUUCGUACGGGUCGCGUGGCUUCCAGACGAGUGUGAAGUGGCGUUUAAAGUGCUCCUCAUGGCAUUAUUUUGGGCGAGAGAGCAGUAAUUCGCAGAGCCCUGUUGAUCAGAUCAGCCAGAGGUCGCAGAACUGCAGAGUAAGCGGUGUCUCUCAGGACUGUAAGAUGACCGAGUAUAAGUUGGUUGUUGUGGGAGCAGGUGGUGUUGGGAAGAGUGCUUUAACCAUCCAGCUCAUUCAGAAUCACUUUGUGGACGAAUAUGACCCUACUAUUGAGGACUCUUACAGGAAGCAGGUGGUGAUUGACGGUGAGACAUGUCUCCUGGACAUCCUGGACACUGCAGGUCAGGAAGAGUACAGCGCAAUGAGGGACCAGUACAUGAGGACAGGAGAGGGUUUCCUCUGUGUCUUUGCCAUAAAUAACAGCAAAUCCUUCGCAGAUGUGCAUUUGUACAGAGAACAGAUCAAGCGCGUGAAGGACUCUGAUGAUGUUCCCAUGGUCCUAGUGGGGAACAAGUGUGAUUUGGCCAGAACGGUGGACACCAAGCAAGCUCAGGAACUUGCCAGAAGCUACGGCAUAGAGUUUGUAGAAACUUCUGCCAAGACCAGACAGGGAGUUGAGGAUGCUUUUUACACCCUUGUCCGUGAGAUCCGACAUUAUCGCAUGAAAAAGCUCAACAGUAGAGAAGACCGAAAGCAGGGCUGUCUGGGCGUGUCCUGUGAAGUCAUGUGAAUGCACUGCCUCCCCUUUUUUGUUGUUUUAGUUUUUUAGCAGUUUGUUGACCAGGCAGCUGGAAGCCUCAUGACAGUGUGUGCACGUGUGUGUGCCCUCUGCUGGCUGAAAGGGAUUCAUGCACAACUGGUCAUCUUUCCUGUUGGCCUGCUGUAAUAUAAAAAUGAGGCCAUUGGACAUUUACGUGUCUUAACAGAGGCUCAUUUGUCUCAUUUAGUACUUGGGUUUUGCCUCUUCUUUGAGGAGAAAAACUUAAACGGGCAUUGAGUUCUUCUUUCUUGACUUCUGACCUGUUAUAAAACACACCACAUUUCACCACAAAAUUGAAAGAUCUUUUUUUUUUUCACAUUUUCAUGGACAUUUAACACUUUCCCCCCUCAAAUUCUCAUCAUAAUGCAUCCAAAUAUUUACAUGCAAUUCCUAUUAUUCUCAUUGGUGAUUCCCAUUGUUGUGAUGCAAUAAAUUCUACUGUAAUAGGAUCUUUUCUUAGAAGUCUAACACCUACUAGUACGAUGCAUAAAUACUUUACAGUUUGUUUUUUUCAUUACAGUAAUAUUAACUAAAAAGGGAGAUGUGCUUAAUUGUCAAUAAAUAUAUGAUGAUAAUAAUGCAAAAACGUAAUAGUCCUAAAAAUAGUAUUAAUAUUGUUUACCCAAAAUAUAAGUUUGCAUUUUUAUUUACAUUUUUAGCAUGAAACCUAGCAGUUUUUUGGAGAUUCACCCAAGAAUGUUUUAAUUACAAGUACAUAUUUCAGGGAGGAGAAGGAAAUGUGAUUUUGAAUAGUAUUUAAAUUGGGAUUCUUGUAAUAUAAGACUAUCACCAUUUAUCUUAAUAUGAAAGCUGUUAUCUUCAGUUCUCUUUUAAAAACGCAGUCCUGAUGUUGUAAAGGCCUCAGAAGAGAGAACGUGAAAUGCCCUUAAUCUUAAUCUGCAGCUUCAGUGCUCCGGAAUACUGUGAACGCAGAAGUGCGUGGGAUUAUUUCUGUUUAUUUCUUUCCCUUUUGCCUUUCUUUUCUUUUUCUUUUUUGUUGUAGCCAAAGAGUUUUAGCAUUUAUGUUUACUGUUUCUCCUAUACUGUAGUUCCAUUUACUCUAGAGUCUAGGGUUUCUUUUAUCCUCUUUACUCUCAGAUGUUAAUUGUAUAUUUUGACAUAUAAUACAUAAUGUUUAGAAUGAUUUUAGAUACAGAAAACUCAAUUGGAUGGGAUGUGACGGAUCUUACAUAAAGGGCCUUUUGAAUCAUGGUGCUGCUGGUGUACAUGCCAAAUCUGUGUGCCACCUUCUGCGUCCUAUAGAGCAUGACAUCUUUUAGCUCUCCUUAAAUAAUGUCUUAAAUCUUCCAAUCCAAGCUGUAAAAUGGAUUUAGUUGAAAUUGUAACAGACCGUAGUGAAUUUUGUUGCAAUGUUUUUUUCAUGCCUGAAGUCUCUUCUUUAAAGCCAGUGAAGGUUUAUCAAGAAGUUGAAACGAUUAUUCGUGUUGACUGUCAUGUUAUUUAUAUCGCAUUUAUCUGAACCUGUGCCUGAUUUCAUUAACAGUGAAAUCUGAAACAUGUUCCUAUUAAUCAUUCAGUGUUUGGCCUUCUAUCUUUGCUUUAACAGAGGCAGGGUGUUUUCUAGAAGACCCAAACUAAGUUUGCCAUUACAUUACCAGUCUUUUCUUUUUCAGCUAUAUGAAAACUUGAUUUAUAAUGUAUUUUAUGGUUUCAGCACAAUUUAUUAAUAUCACAGACUUUCUUUAAUCAGAAAAUUGUGAUAACGAACAUUUCAUGUCUUUUUUUUUCGGUGGGGUGGGGGGGGGUAUUAAUGUGUAAUCUAUGUUUAAUGUGCCUAUCAUAUUACAAAAAGUUUUACCAGUAAAUUAAUUGAAAACUGA